AUGGACUCAACUCAUGAGUACAACGAUACGAGCCCGCAUUCUAUGAGAAUAGCCUCUCACGGGAAAAUAUCACUACUUGUUGAUUUCGCGCUCAAAUUCCUCAAGGAGAACCCAACGCGCCCACUUGUCUUGCACACUUUGCCCCAUAAACCUGAUAGAGAAACCUCAGGGCUACUAGAUCCCAGUGCUAAAAAAAGAAAAAUUGAGCCGUCGACGACCAAUGUCGCACGCUUGAUCUCUGUUGUGGAAAUUAUCAAGCGGGAGUUCAAGGACGACUCGUUGCACCAGUAUAAUGAAAUCGGGUGUCUGGACGCUCCCAGCUCACGCGCAGAAGGGUCUGGUACUAGGAUACCCAAUGAACCAGGCGUAGAGAGACAGGCAGCUUUGCGAAAAGUUGUAGAGGGGAAGAAUUACUUGCCCAUUCAACGCACUCCUUACAUGAAGAUAACGCUGUCACGAGCUGCAUUACCAGAAUCCCAGGCACUGAAUGCAACCUACCAGCCCCCAGUAGCGAAGAAAAUGUCUAGAGGUGCGAGGAAAAGGUCCAGAAGGCGUACCAAAAAUGCCACCGUCGAGACAAACCCAGACAAUGCUGCAGAAGAAGAUGCAGAGAACGGUGCGGACGAUGAUGCUAUGGAUGUUGUCCCAACUUAA